AAACAUCAAGGCUACAAACAAACGUCUCAAAAUUUCGUUAUAAUAAGAUUGAGUACCAAAUGUUGGGAGCGGAAAGUUUGGUUCCUGGCGUACUUGACUCCAAGUAUAUCUGGUUCUGUAUUCUCGUAACUUCUGUCUCUUCUCGAUCCUCGUUGAGGCUACUUAUAAAAUGUCAGAGGCCACGUUUUGUGAUGUGCUUAUUUUGGGUGCCGGUAUUUCUGGACUUGCUGCAGCCAAACUACUAACUAAUGAAGGACUUAAAACUAUUGUUUUAGAAGCGCGAUCAAGAAGUGGUGGCCGGAUUCAUACAGUUGAUCUUCCUUCUGUUACUGGCAAAUCACAAGAUAAGUCUGUCGUCGACCUGGGGGCUAGCUACCUUCAUGGAUGCAACAAUUCGCAGGAUGUUCAACCUUUGUUUACUCUGGCUAGUCGUUUAAAAAUCGCUACUUCUCCUGCCGCUGGGGAUGUUCUAGGUACGCAUCGGGGUUGGGAAUGUCCAGAGGUAGCUGUUUGGCGAGAUAAUAAGUCGGGUAAGGAAAUUGGCUUGGAGGAAGUGGCGGACAUGAGUUUUCUACUUGACAGAUGCUUACUGUACAUUCUUAUGGCAGCAAAUCAGAAGAAACAAGAGAAUCGAUCAAAUAAAACUUUAGCUACUGCUUUACCAAGUGCUCUAGAAUCAUGUCUUCAUUUACUAUACAAAGCAGGCUACCGAACUUCUCCGACUCUUUCUCGAAGAGAAAAGGGCAUUUUUGAUUCCCUUUUUGCCCGAUACAUAGCGUAUGUAAAUCCGGCUCAUAGACUCUCUCCUAAACUUUCUUUGGGACCUCAUUUCGAAGCUGAUGCUAUGGCAGGUUUAGCUCUGAAUGUUGACCAACCGAGCUCUGUGUCCAAAAGAAUCUAUUUGGAUUGGUUGCAAGAAAAAAGAACCCACUUAAGUUUGAAUGGCUCGUGUAAGAGUAUUGCUCGUCGAACCGAUCACAAAUGGGAGGAUCGUUUAGUUUUAGAUGGGUUCUCAAAGUUUGUCGAAUUUCUAGCGUCUGGUGUAGACAUUCAUCACCGAUGUGUUGCACGGCAUGUGUAUUGGUCAAAUCACACAGACUUUAGUAAAUCUAAUGAAGAAAUUAAUAUCCAAUUAAUUCAUGACAGUGCUGCCUCAUGGUCUACUAAAACUCUUAUGGAUUUUAUUGAGUCUUCUAAUCUAGUAUGUGUUGAUGUGGCACAGUACUCAGGGGAAUCGUCUACGUUGGUUUUCAACAGGCAAUCUUCUAGGCGUUAUUUUGCACGCUUCUGCAUCAUAACAGUCCCUGUUGGUGUACUCAAAGGCCUUGAUCGUCGUAGUGCCAUCCAUUUUCAUCCGUGUUUGCCUUCAAGGAAAAGACUUGCAAUAGAUCGUCUUGGUAUUCCAAAGUUGGGAGCAGAAACUCAUAAUAAGGUUAUUUUAAUGUUUAACCCAUCAGAAAUUUUUUGGGAUCGUGACACGCCUCAUAUUACGUGUCCCGGCGCUUACCUUCAUAUACUUAAUUGUGACUUUUAUGGAAAUCCAGGUGUUCUGGUUGCUCACGUAUGGGGUGGUUCAAAGCUCAGGAUUACUGGUCGAUCUGAUCAAGCUGUCGUCAAAACUUUACUAGAUUUAUUAGGUGGUAUGUACACUUCUCAGUGUCCAUUGCCUGAACCUAUAUACACUCACGUUACUCGAUGGUCAGAAGACCCGUUUAGUUUGGGUGCUUAUACUGCUGGCGAGGUUGGCUGCAGUGACGCUGAUCGACAAGCUUAUGCAAGUAGCCUGCCUUCCGCAGUUUGUCCGAAGUUGCUUUUUGCAGGUGAAGGUACCGUUGACAGUUCUGGUGGUCAACAAUGUACUCAUGGUGCUUUCUCAUCAGGCGUUGAUCGUGCUUUAGAUGUUUUAGAUUAUAUUCAAGGUAGCCGUUGCCGUUUACGUGAUGUGCGCAUCAUUGAUUAUCUCACUGGACAUCGUUAUGACCUAUUCCCUCCUCAUAAGAUGGUACGAAGAACAAAAAAGCGGAAAAUAGCAAACUUGACUGUAGACUGUAAAAAACCUAGUGCUAAUUCGUCUGGUAAACAAGAGUCAUCGUUGGCUAAAUGUAUCCAAUCUAGCCAGGAACUGGUAAGCACAGAAUCAUCAGAUAGCCAGUGUUCUGAAGGUGAUUCAAGUCCAUCUAUUUUGGAUUUUGAAUCUAUUGAAUCCUGUAUAUUGUUUCCUAAGCCAACACGGCGUUCAACUCGCCUUACUACAUGGAUUUCCUCUCAAGCAUCUUCGUCUCUUCGAAGAGAGUCCAUUUUAAUGUACCACAAAAAAAGACACUCCGGGAGUUUUAAUGCUCUGAAUAACUGCAGUAAGCGUUGUAGUCAAGUUAUGUCAACUGAUAGUCGUGCUAUUUCAAAAAUUAUUGAUGGAAAGCAUCCAUUUUCUUGCUUCACAGUAGACCACAAUUCUAAUCUGCUCUCGAAAUCUGUAUCGGAUUCGCUACCGUCAUCUGUUAGUCCGACUCUACUCACAAAGACUUGUCUUUCAAGUAUACACACUUCAUCCCCCCUUUCUGAUACGGCUGGCUUUAUACUAAUAGAUUGUAAUGAAAAUUUGAAAAACUUUUCUCUUCCUAUAAACUCUGUAUCCCAAUCUACCGAAAGCGAUUUAGAACCUGAUAUAAAAGGUUUGCUAUUUUCAGAUGGUUUAUUAAACGAUAAUAACAAUUGUAACACAGAUUCUACACUGCAUUCAAAUAUGUCUCUUAAUAACCGUUCCAACGAAAAAAUCAUCGAUCAUAUCAAGCCAACUAACUAUGAACCUGUUUUUGGUGCUCUUCCAUUCACAGGAGCUUGUAAUAACUCAGGACUUCAAACUAAAUCUUUCUCUUUUAAAGAGGCUUUAAUUAUAAAAGAUGUACCAGUUUCCAUGUAAAAAGCAAACUGUGUUACUUAUUCAACUUUUAGUUUUAUCUUUCUUUUUCAUCAUUGCAUUUCCUCCUCUUUAUGUUCUCAUGUUUUGUAAUUAAUUAUAGUGACUUAUAUAGUUUGCUAAUUUCCCAAGUUUCUUUGUGAUUUAUUUUAAAAGUUGUUUUCCUACUGUGAUUAAAGCUACUUGUGCUGCUUUUGGUUGCUUAUAUACUUUGUCUAAAAAAUAUUCAUAAUAUCUCUUUUCAUUAAUAAUAUGUGUUCGUCAAAUAUUGUAUCAUAAUAUUUAGUGAUAGUUCAUAUUCACAAUAUAGUAUUGUAGUCAUUGUCUUCAAUGGUUUGACUCUACCUUGCCUUCUGUCCUCGUUCUUUGCUGUCAAAUAAACUAAUUUAGUAUUAUUGCAGUCAACUAUCUUGUUAAUAUGUUAUAUAUUUAUUAAUCUUUUCUAGGCAUUUUCUGUUGUCAAAAUUAUUUGUAUAUAUUUUUAAAAGGUGUUUACUCUGGUUAAUUACAUAAUUCGUAAAUAGCUUUUUCCGAUUACACAAUGUUACAUUCAUCAUGGGCAUACAGUUUAGCGCCUGAAUUUUUUCAAAUAAAAGUUGAUUUGUCGUCAAAACUCGAUAGUUCCUUCGGAUAUUUUCAGUUUUAAGAAUAAGCUAUAUUUUAUAGGAAAACUUUUAUGGCGUUAAUAUCUUAGAUUAAAAAUUGGUUUCGCACGAGUUUAGAUGAAAAAUGACAACCAACAUGAAAGCUUAGGUUUCAACUAACGGUUUUAUUUAGAAUAGAUGUUUCGACAUUUGGUUUUUUGUCGCUAUCGUUUCACGAUG